AUGUCCACGCAGGAAGACGAAGUUGAACGUCGCGCGGAAGCAGGAAGAAUCGAGAACGGAAAUAUGGAGAGACUGAAGAGAACUCGAGGUGGAAACAGGGCAGCAAUUACGAGGUUCGAGCGAGAAGCGACUUUGAUAAUACGAGAUCAUGGUGAUGCCCUUACCACGGAAAUCCUAGCGAAGCUGGAUUCGAUUUUGUCUGUUCUUCAGCAGAAAAGGAGGCUGUUGUGUAACUUGAACGAUGAAAUUUUGGCAAAAUGUCAUAUUGACGAAAUAGAGAAAGAAAUCGAAGAAUCAGCCGAGAUAGAUGUGAAGAUCGAGGAAAUUAUAUCGAGAAUUGGGGCUUGCAAAAGGGGUACUGUUGUUGGAGCUUUACACGGACUUGCUGAACCGACUGGAGUUUCUACACCGACACCCGCUAUUCGAAAUGAAUUGACGACCGAUGCAACGCCCUUCGCACCGGCAAAUGGACAGCUGAAUAGGAGUGGUAGCUCCUCACGUUCGGAAAAUAUUGGUGUAAAGCUGCCUAAAAUUAAUUUGCCUAAUUUUUCUGGCGAUGUGACGAAGUAUCAAGCCUUUUGGCAAAGCUUUCAGUGUGCUGUGCAUGAAAAUGAACAGAUAUCGGCGGUUCACAAAAUGAACUAUCUAAUGCGAUCACUUGAAGGAACUGCAUUUAAAGCCUUGGAGGGGCUGGCAAUUACCGAAGAGAACUAUGAGCAUGCUAUAAACAUUUUGCAGACAAGAUUUGGAAAUCCACAGCAAAUAAUUAGCGCUCACAUGCAGGCGCUGUUAAAUUUGCAAAGUUGUCCAAAUGAAACUGUGUCACAGAUACGAGCGAUAUACGACAAUAUCAAUGUGCACGUCCGCGGACUGGAGACGUUAGGCAUUUCAUCGGAACGAUAUGGCAGUUUGUUAGUGCCCGUGAUAAUGUCAAGAAUGCCGGCAGAAAUUACCUUGCAAGUGGCUCGAAAGACAUCAGAGCAAAUUUGGCGAAUAGACGAGAUUUUGGACAUCAUAAGGAAAGAAAUUGAGGCAAGGGAGAUAAGCCGAAAACUUGACACAAAGACCACUCGAAAGUCUGAGAGAACAAGCCUUACAGAAUAUCGAGGAACAACGAGAGCCUUCGCAGUUAUCAAAGAUGGAGAAAGGGAACGAAAGCUUCAGUGUUAUUUUUGUCAAGGGGAACACUAUGCAGAAAAGUGUAAGGUAGUUACAAACAUCGAAGAAAGAAAAUCAAAAUUGAUUGAAGGAAAUCGUUGUUUCAAUUGUUUGAGGAUUGGUCAUCGAGCGAAAACAUGCAGAAGUCCACCGAAGUGCUUUCACUGUAAAAGUAAACACAAUUCAGCAUUGCACGAAGACCCAGUUAUGGAGGAGAAGCGAGGGGUACCUGCACUGCAAACGACGGUCAAUUCCGCGUCAGAUGAGAGAAAAAAUGUUCUUCUACAGACAGCACAGACGUAUGGCUUUGGUGCGGAUAGGAGCGAGAAACAGCUGGUGAACAUCCUGUUUGACUCAGGCAGUCAGAGAAGCUACAUUUCAGAAGAAACGGUGAAGAAGCUGGGGUUGAAGGUCGAGAAAACAGAGACCGUAUACUUGAACACUUUCGGUUCAAAUAAAUAUGAGAAGAAAAGUUGUGAUAGGGUAACGGUAAAUCUAGAAGUAGGAGAUGAAAUAUUGCCGUUAACCGUAUUAAGUUCCCCCCAUCUUUGUUUGCCAUUAAGUACACCAAUAGAUGUAAGUUGCUAUCCACAUUUGCAAGGUUUGCAACUCGCCGAUAGUUAUGCGACUUGCGAAAAGCGCAUAGAAAUAGUCAUUGGUGUAGAUUAUUAUUAUCGCAUAGUGCAAGGCGAAGUAAGAAAGGGCGGCAAUGGCCUUGUUGCAAUAAGUAGCAAACUCGGUUGGUUGCUUUGUGGACCUGUUGUUUGUAAUGAAGGUGAUAAAAGCUCUUUAAAUAAUGUGAUGAAUUUAAUUGUUGAUGUUUUACCUUCGAGAGACGAAAUUACAGAUGAUAGCAGAGAAAUCGUCGAAUCGCUGACGAAAUUUUGGAAGCACGAAUCCGCGGGUCUUUAUGAAACCGAGAAUCCUGAAGACAAGAAGACCGAUGAUGGAGGGGUGGAUAUCAACUUCAAGGAUGGUCGCUACACG